GAUGGGAAGGUGGGGGUGAGGAUCCAUUCCCGGCAGGUCUUUCUGGCAGAGCAGGGCGGGUGGAACAAGCCGGGUGCAAGCCUUUUGGUGUGGUUUUUAUUUUCCCCCCCUUGGCUCGCCGCUCCUUGCUAUCAGGUGCCCGCCAUGCCAUUCUCAAACAGCCACAACCUCCUGAAGAAGAAUUUUUGUGUGGAAGAUGAGUAUCCUGACCUGAGUGUCCACAACAAUCAUAUGGCUAAAAUCUUGACUUUGGAGCUGUAUGCUGCCUUGCGGGAUAAAAAGACUUCUAACGGAGUUACCGUGGACGAUGUGAUUCAGACUGGGGUGGACAACCCAGGCCAUCCUUACAUUAUGACAGUAGGAUGUGUAGCUGGUGAUGAGGAAUGCUAUGAGGUGUUUAAGGAACUCUUUGAUCCCGUUAUUGAGGACCGACAUGGAGGUUACAAGCCUUCGGACCAGCACAAGACGGAUUUGAAUCCUGAUAAUUUACAGGGUGGUGACGAUCUGGAUCCCAAUUACGUCCUAAGUUCACGAGUCCGAACUGGUAGGAGCAUCCGUGGCUUCUGCCUUCCCCCUCAUUGCAGCAGAGGAGAGAGACGCGCCAUUGAAAAGCUUUCUGUGGAAGCUUUGGCUAGCCUGGAAGGGGAUCUGAAUGGGAAGUACUAUGCUCUGAAAAACAUGACAGAAGCUGAGCAACAGCAGCUGAUUGAUGACCACUUCCUGUUUGACAAGCCGGUCUCUCCUUUGCUCUUGGCCUCUGGCAUGGCACGGGACUGGCCUGAUGGCCGGGGUAUUUGGCAUAAUGACAACAAAACUUUCCUUGUCUGGAUUAACGAGGAAGACCACCUUAGAGUUAUUUCCAUGCAGAAAGGUGGCAAUAUGAAGGAAGUUUUCACCCGCUUCUGUAAUGGGUUAACGCAGAUUGAAAACCUCUUCAAAUCCAAAAAUUAUGAAUUCAUGUGGAACUCCCACCUUGGCUACAUCUUGACCUGCCCAUCCAAUCUCGGCACGGGUCUCCGUGCAGGUGUCCACAUUAAACUGCCCAAUCUUGGCAAGCAUGAGAAAUUUGGUGAGAUCCUCAAGAGACUGAGGCUCCAGAAACGUGGCACAGGUGGUGUGGACACAGCUGCUGUGGGAGGAGUGUUUGACGUCUCCAACGCUGACCGUCUUGGUUUCUCUGAGGUGGAGUUGGUACAGAUGGUGGUUGACGGGGUGAAGCUGCUGAUUGAAAUGGAGAAACGCCUUGAAAAGGGCCAGUGCAUUGAUGACCUCAUUCCAGCUCAGAAAUGAUAAAAGCACUUUAAGAUCCCGGCACCCCCCACUUCCCAUGCUUCUUCCUAACUUAUUGGGUGAAUAAUAAACAAGACGAGAGAGACGCUCCAGUCGAAAAUCUUGGCGUCAACAGAGAAAUUCCCACUUAGUAACACUUGUAGAAAGUCUUCCAUCCAUAUGUGUUAGAGUUUAUUUUUUUGAUGGCUGAAAUGUCACAGAGAAAAUGAAAUAAACCAUUGUUUGGCCUGACAAAUGUA